GUGGGCGGUCGAAAAUUGUUAAUAAAUAUGUUCUGUGAUACGCUGGUCUGUGUUUGAUAUCACUGUAUUCAAAUACAUGUAAAAACUUUGCUUAAUUAAUGUAUCAAAUGAUAUUUAAAAGUGUUACUUUCAAAUCCGAUUUGAUAUUUUGAAGAAACGAUAUAAGCUUAAAUUAAUUUACGAUUUAGUUAUUAUAUUGAUAGUGAAAACCAGAAAGAUGAAUAACGGUCGGGCGAGGGUGCCAAAAUGCGCUCGGUGUCGGAACCACGGACUUAUUUCGAGUCUUCGGGGUCACAAGAAGGCGUGUGCCUAUCGAGACUGUCAGUGCCCUAAGUGUGGAUUGAUCAAAGAACGCCAGAGGAUAAUGGCUGCUCAGGUCGCAUUAAAAAGGCAACAAGCGGCCGAGGACAAGAUAGCACUGCACUUGGCGUCGGUUCAGAGCGGCACAGCACUGGAGACCUUGCCGCCGGGACGCAUCUACGGCAUGAGGGUCACCGGACCCUGUCCCAGCCCUGGACCUGAGCCUGACUCGGCUGUGGAGGAUCAAACUCCAAUUCACAUCGACAGCGAGACGAGUGAUUCUCUGCCUGAUUGCUGUAGUGCGACGCCGGACUCCGCCGGAGCCUCUAUUGCUGCUUCUAGGUCAUGCAUCGAUGUGACCGAGGAGAACAGUGUCAGCUCGGGCGGGCUGGAGAUGCUGCGCAAGUUGUUCCCCGGCAAGAAGCGCGCUGUGCUGGAGCUGGUGCUGCGGCGCUGCAACCACGACCUUCUGCGAGCCGUCGAGCAUUGUAACGCCAUUCAUGCUCAGCGAGAAAAAUCAACAUCAGGCGGUGGUUCAAGCAGUUCCCGUUUCGAUACCUCCGUGUCAAGUACCGAGCAGUUAGAAUCGCGAUGGUCUGCAUUUCGUCCUGUAGGACCAAGAGCACCACUGCUGCCUACUCUAGUUAUGGGUCGGGUGUGCGGCUCAGAGUGGUUAGUGCCGCUGCCAGCAUUGCCUGCUCUCUCUGCACCGUUGCUGUUGCCGUUCCAGCAUUCUCACACCCCGCCCUCAUGCGCCCCUGAUUGCAGGCAGUGCAAUAAUCAUCACUGAACUGAUACUGACUUUAAGAGUCCAGAGCCCUCUGCUCCUGACUUUAGUGAUAGUUCAGGUGUGGUUUAUGCCACUGCUAGCGCUGCCGCUGUCUGAGCGACUGCUGCUGCCUUUCUACUAU